AUGAAGAAAGUUAAUACAAUAGCAAGUAAAAGAAUCGAAAUACUAGAUAAAACCCAUUCAGUCAAGAGGGGUGAAAAAGAGCAGAUUUGAAAGGAAGAGUGUAAAAGUGGAAAAGAUUUUAGAUGAGAGAGCUCAGAUGGGGCUUUAUGAGAGGGUUUUAAGAUGGUACUCCCGAAUUCUGAUGGAAUCCGGAAAGCAAGUGAAGAAAAAUUAUGAAAAUUGGUAGAUGAGUUUAGAUCUUUAUUUGGAUGAAAAGCUGCAGGUUUCUUUUGGAAUAGAAGAGAUCUAAGAAAUGAUAGUCCCAUAAUAUCCAAAGUGCAACAAUUUUCUUCAAGCAUCAAAAGUAACAAAAAUUUAGAAAAUUUAAAACCUAAAAAUUUAUUUCUCAGUUAUAAAUCUAAAUCAAAUUCCCCGGCAACUCUUUCCUCCUAUUCUAAUCACCAUUCAUCCCACCAAUCCCAGCACCUUUUAUAAAACAAUUUUCCAACUUCCUUUAAAAACCCCUAAAACCCCAAAACCCUAUUAAAAAACCCUCCUAAAACCCCUCCCUCCCCUUCACUUCCUUAACAGCCCUCUUUCCUCCACUCCUACUGCCUUCCCUACCCA